ACCAAUUUCCUCGAAUAUCUCAAGUUCCUAUAUAAUGAAUGCUCUAAAGUCUCAAAUUUGUUCGUAUGUAUCAGAAAAAAGUGAGAGAUGGUGAAUGUGGACAUGUUCAACUGCAAUUGAAUGGUUUUGUUAUAUUCUCAUGUUUCUUGCUAUUUUCUUGCCCUUGUCUUGCUUUAUUUUCUUCAACCCCUCAUCAUUUCUGUUUUGAUACAACCAGUAACAUCUCAAGUUCCUUCGUUAUUAGCCGCGAUAAGCUUCUUGAUUCCCUUUCUGCAAACCUGUCCAUUCCCGAUGGCUUCUACACAGCCACAUGGGGAGAAAACUCUACAUCAGUUUAUGGCCUAUUGCAAUGCAGAGGCGGCAUUUCUGCACAAAAUUGUUCGACUUGUGUUAAGAGCAUAGUCAAGAAAUCCAUCGUGUGUGCAAACAGCACGGAUUCUGCGUAUAUGCUAAGAAAUUGUUUUUUACGUUAUUCAAUCAAGAACUUCACUGGAGAGAGCGAAAGCUUGUAUACAAGAGCCACUUUCAAAAAUUUAUCAGAAGAUCCAAAUGUGGCUUCUCAAGGAAAUAAUUUCAUGAGGAAACUUGUAUCUACUGCUCCAAGUCAACGCUUGAAGUUUAACGAGGGGAUACUGCAUGUUGGCCAGAAAGGGAAAAGGGGUGGUUUUGUUCAAUGUAGAAGAGAUCUCAAUGUUUCGGCUUGCGACAAAUGUUUAAAAAAUUUGCUCGAUAAAUAUAUUCUGAAAGUUGGUGGCAAGCGGGCUUGGGUGUUUUCUAGCUUCUAUUGCAGCAUUUGGUAUGAGGAUUUGAAUGCAAAACUUAACAAUGAAGCAUCUUCGACUGGAAAUACAGGAGACGCCAAACCAUCUCUUUCUGUUGGAACUGCCAGAUUCAAAUUCAGCUAUGCAUUAUUGAUACUGGCCUUCUACGUGUUACUGAUAUGAAAUUAUCUAUUAGAACUUGUAAAAACAACCGUCUGUGACUAUUAUAGGAACCACGGUGAAAAAUAACGAUCUUUUCAGCUAUUUCCCGUCCAUCUGGAUGUGUUUACUAGAAAUUAAUA